AAUCAGAGCCGAGUGCGCCGCAGCUUAUAAGCCCAUCUGCUGUCGAUCCUUUCGCCCUGACCGUCCCUGCUGUCCUGUGUGCCGCUGAGUCAAACUGCGACCCCCUGAUCUACCGCAACCGUGAAGAUGGCGACCCGGGUCGUAAUAUUUUUCAAGACCAUGCAAGCGGCACGAUGCCCGACAGACGAGCUGUCGCUGACUAACUGUGCCGUGGUGAGUGAGAAGGAUCUGCAGUCAGGACAACAUGUGAGUGUGAAGACCACACCCAACCACAAGUAUGUGUUUACAGUCAAGACCCAUCACACUGUGGCUGCAGGAAGCAUCGCCUUCAGCCUGCCACAGAGGAAAUGGGCCGGUCUCUCCAUAGGCCAGGAGGUGGAAGUGUCCAACUACAAUUUUGACAAGUCCAAGCAGUGCAUUGGCGCCAUGACAAUCGAAAUCGACUUCCUGCAAAAGAAGAGUACUGACUCUUCUCCCUACGACUCGGACAAGAUGGCCACCGAGUUCAUCCAGCAGUUCAACAACCAGGCUUUUUCUGUCACCCAGCAGCUAGUAUUUAGUUUUUGUGACAAGCUGUUUGGCUUGGUGGUAAAGGAUAUUGAGGCCAUGGAUGCCAGCAUCCUCAAAGGAGAACCAGCGUCUGGAAAGAAACAGCAAAAGAUCGACAUCGGUCUGAUGGUGGGCAACAGCCAGGUGAUUUUUGAGAAGGCUGAGAAUUCAUCCCUCACACUAGUCGGCAAGGCAAAGACCAAGGAGGCACGACAGACAAUCAUCAACCCAGACUGGAACUUUGAGAAGAUGGGAAUUGGUGGUCUGGACAAGGAAUUCUCAGACAUUUUCCGCAGAGCCUUUGCCUCCCGAGUCUUUCCCCCUGACAUUGUGGAGCAGAUGGGCUGCAAGCACGUGAAGGGCAUCUUGCUGUUUGGACCACCAGGAUGUGGUAAAACGCUGAUGGCCAGACAAAUUGGCAAGAUGCUCAACGCCCGGGAGCCGAAGGUCGUCAACGGCCCAGAGAUCCUGAACAAGUACGUGGGAGAAUCUGAGGCUAACAUCCGCAAACUGUUUGCCGAGGCUGAGGAGGAACAGAAGAGGCUGGGCGCUAACAGCGGCCUUCACAUCAUCAUCUUUGAUGAGUUGGACGCCAUCUGCAAGCAGAGAGGAACAGGUGCCAGCAGCACAGGCGUGCACGACACUGUUGUCAACCAGCUUCUGUCCAAGAUUGACGGCGUGGAGCAGCUUAACAACAUCUUGGUCAUUGGUAUGACCAACAGGCCUGACUUGAUCGAUGACGCCCUGAUGAGACCCGGCAGGUUUGAGGUGAAAAUGGAAAUCGGUCUUCCUGAUGAAAAGGGCCGCGUCCAGAUCCUAAACAUCCACACAAACAAGAUGCGAAGCUUCAACAUUCUCGCUUCUGAUGUCGACGUCAAGGAACUGGCAGCAGAAACUAAGAACUACAGCGGUGCAGAGCUGGAGGGUCUGGUCAGGGCAGCGCAGUCAACCGCCAUGAACCGACAUAUCAAGGCUACCUCUACGGUUGAGGUGGACAUGGAAAGGGCAGAGAAGCUGCAGGUCACCAGAGAUGACUUCAUGGGAUCCCUCAACAAUGACAUCAAACCAGCAUUUGGUACCAACCAGGAAGACUACUCCAGCUAUAUCAUGAAUGGCAUCAUCAAAUGGGGCGACCCAGUCACUCAUGUUCUGGAUGAUGGAGAGCUGCUGGUACAGCAGACCAAGAACAGUGACCGCACACCACUUGUUGCUGUUUUACUGGAGGGCCCACCCCACAGUGGAAAGACAGCCCUGGCAGCUAAGAUUGCAGAGGACUCACAGUUUCCCUUCAUUAAGAUUUGCUCUCCAGACAAGAUGAUUGGACACUCAGAGAUCUCCAAGUGCCAGGCAAUCAAAAAGGUCUUUGAUGAUGCUUAUAAGUCUCAGCUGAGCUGUGUUGUGGUGGAUGACAUUGAGCGUCUGCUGGACUAUGUGCCCAUCGGUCCGCGUUUCUCAAAUCUGGUCCUUCAGGCUCUGCUGGUGCUACUCAAGAAAGCUCCACCCAAGGGCCGGAAGCUGCUCAUCAUUGGCACCACCAGCAGGAAGGACGUCCUACAGGAGAUGGAGAUGUUAGAUGCUUUUAGCACCACCAUCCACAUCCCCAACAUCUCUACUGGGGACCAGCUAAUCGAUGCCUUAGAGCUACUGGGAAGCUUCACAGACAAAGAGCGGGCCAGCAUCGCACAUCAACUCAAAGGAAAGCGGGUCUGGAUCGGCAUUAAGAAACUCCUCGUGCUCAUCGAGAUGUCAAUGCAGAUGGAUCCAGAUUACAGAGUGACCAAAUUCUUGUCUCUGCUUAGAGACGAGGGGGCUGAUCGGAGCUUCUAUGAGUAGAGCGAACGAGAGGAGCAAACCAAACACAUGACGCCACCCAGAAAUAAGGAAGAAGAGCAGGAAAAGAAGAGAUCUUCCUCCAAUCCAUCGAUGCAUUUAUCUAUGUAACUACACACCUGGUCCAAGAGAGGAACAAACGGGUUCCUCUUUAACUCGGCAUGUUUCUGUAGGCAAUACCACGGAAUCACUUCCCUCCUACUCGGCAUUCUCAUCAUCAAGUACACAUAUUGACAUAUCAGAGUAAAACACUGGAAGUUGUACUGUUAAAAAUCUGUUAUCUGUAAAAAACUAAAACCUGAAAAAAACAAUAGAUCAUUGUAAAAAAAAAAGUACUGUUAUGUGAAUUGUGUGUAUAAAAAGAAAAAAAAGAAGAGUUAAGAAUUUAAGUCAUCUAUGUUUUUAAGCUAUAGUCUUUGUUGUAUUUGUUGCAUAUCUCGUCUGGCUGCAGGUAAUUAUUGUUAUUAUGAUGUGUAUCCUCACAAGCAGUAUCAACGGAGCACAUGCAGAAAUGCCGAAGCCUUUCGAAUAUCAAGAUGUGAUCACAAAGAGGCUUUUAGUGAAUAUUUAAUAGCAGUUUAAAAAAGAAGCUGUUCCAUGUGUAAAUGUAAUCCCUUUAAAUAUAAAGUAUGUUUAUGUUCUGUAAAUAGUAUACAUAGACAUAACGAAGUAUAUCAUGAACUUAAGUCUAAACUGUAUCAGUAUCACUCUUCUUCCCUGUUGCUCUGGAGAUGUUGACUUUAGCAGAUUAGUGUAAUAGUGAAAGUAAAUGUUGGAUUGAUGGCCGGCCUGUCUGUGUUGUGUACAGUACAGUUCAGUUUAGCUCUUAUAGUUCUGGCAUCAUCAGUGUUAAAAAAAAAAGUCUAUAAAUAUAUCCUGCACUCUGAACAUCCAAACCUUUAGUACGUCUCUUGGUGGUCCUUUGUGGGAAGUCGUGCGCGUGUGUGCGUGGAGUGUGGAGUGUCGAAUGGGAUUGUGCGUGUGCGUUUCAGUCUGUGCAUGUGAAGUGUAGACAGCUGCUGGUUAUUUUGCUACGUUUGUUUUCUCAUGUCAUGUUUUCAGUGCUUCAAAGUAGAACGUUCUUGUUUCGUUUGACCAUUGGCAUCGUGACUGUGUGUGCGUGUGUGAGUGUAAGUGUCAACAUGCAGAUAUUGCAAUAAAAAAAGAGCACAUAUGCACAGGAAA